GCAGCAGCUGUUUUCGUUUUGCUAUUAUGCUUUGUUGUUGCCUUUGGCACUGUGAAUAAACCUAAAUUGGCACAAAGCUGACAUAAACAAAAAAAAUUAGCAAUCGGCAAAGCCACAAAAAAUACACCCAGUGCUUAGUCAACCAAAAGUCAUGGAUCCCACCAUAUCCGUCUCUAAAGGCUGCUUUGUGUACAAAAAUGGCGCUACUCGUGCCAAUCCCAAUAAAAAGACGCCAACCAAGCGUAAGAGAUCUGUCCAAGCCGGGUCUGAGGUAACCAGCAGUCUCCUGGGUAAGGAGCUCACGUCGCAGCCUCUGUAUGCUGCCUAUACGGAAUGCUGGCAUCAAAUGCAUAACCACAUCGUCGAGCUACAGUCGGAGAGCAAUUCUCGCACCCUGGAAGAGUUAGAGGAGUUUGUCACAGGGGCUGGAGAGGGCAGCAGGCAGGAGGAUAUUCUGCCAACAGCAGCACUGCUCACGGGGAUCAAUCAACCCGAUCAUCUCAAGCAAUUCGAAUCGUUGACGCAGCACUUGAAUGCCAAGCAAGCAGCAAGAGUUGCUGUGCUUCAAUCUAGAGAUUGUGCAACGCUGAAGGCGGCUGUGGAGUCAAUGGUGUAUAAUUUGAUGGAGGCACAGCCAUCGGCGGAUGACGCAAACGAGGAUGAGGAAACGGAAGAUGAUCGCGAUCGCAAACGUUUGCGUCGCAGUCAAUGCACCAUGAAGCAGCUGCAUUUGUGGUACGACAACAACUAUCGUGGUGAAGGGGUCAAGCAUCAAGUGCUCUUGGUGAUUUUGCCCGAUUUUGAGUGCUUCAGUGCUAGCGUACUGCAGGAUUUCAUUCUUAUUCUCAGUGCGCAGUGCGAUCGCCUGCCGUUUGUCCUCGUGCUUGGCGUUGCCACAGCCAUGACAGCGGUGCAUAGCACUUUGCCCUAUCACGUGAGCAGCAAGAUCAAGUUGCGUGUCUUCCAGACUCAGCCAGCGCCCACGGGCCUCAAUGAGCUGCUGGACAAGGUGCUGCUCUCACCCAAAUAUGCAUUCCAUUUGUCGGGCAAGGCCUUCAAGUUCCUAACGCAUAUCUUUCUGUACUACGACUUCUCCAUACAAGGUUUCAUUCAAGGCUUUAAGUACUGUCUCAUGGAACACUACUUUGCGGGCAAUGCCUUUGCACUGUGCACCAGUUAUACCAAAGCGCUGGGUCGCAUCCAACAGUUAACGCACGACGACGUGGAGACCAUUCGACGCCUGCCAUCAUUUCGUCCUUAUGUGGAGCAGAUCAAUGAUUGCAAACGCAUUAUUGCCGUGCUCACCGACGAUGAUUAUCUGAAGAAGAAGUUGCCUCAGCUAUUGCGAGACUGUCUGCUCCAUUUUAUGCUCUUUCGCUCGAGUCUCGAGUUCUUCACAGAGCUGGUCGGCGAUCUGCCUCGUUGUCCGCUGGGCAAACUACGUCGCGAACUCUACGUGAACUGCUUGAAUAAACCGAUUGCGCAGCAGGCCGAGUAUAAGGAAUGCUGGCAAAUGCUGAGCUUCAUGUCCAAGGAUGAGUUUAUUGCCAAGGUGUCCAGAGCUAUUGCAUGCACAGAUCAGUUUCUCAGCGAACAGAUCGUUCCCUUGGAGCUGGGUGACGCUUGUGCCGCUGAGAUGCGCGCUGAGUUGCAGACACUCAAGAAAUUGCUAAACGAUGUCGAAUUGGCUACCAUGGAAACGCAUGCAGUUACCAUUGAAUCCACAUGCUCAUCGACAGAUGCCCGCCCCUUGGCUGAUCUCACGCAAGUCGCCUCACGGCAACAGUUAAAGGAGCAGCUGCUGCAGCGCAGUAAACAUGAUAAGCAACAGUCACUCUCAGAGUACUCACGCGCCUUGCACAAGGUGCUCGAUCAUAUCGAGACGCAUUUGGUGCUUGCCCACCUGCGUCCCCUGCAGAAUGCACCGCCAUUGCAUGAGCUCUACGUUUUCAGCGACAUCGCGACGGUGCGCCGCAAUAUUAUUGGCGCUCCACGCGCUGCUCUCCACACGGCGCUCAACAAUCCGCAUUUUUAUAUGCAAUGCAAGUGCUGCGAACUGCAGGAUCAAUCGCAGCUGGUUAGCACCAUGCCAGAUCUCUCAGUAGUCUAUAAAUUGCAUUUGGAGUGCGGUCGCAUGAUUAAUCUCUUUGACUGGAUGCAGGCAUUCCGCUCCGUGUUGCGUGCCGGUGAUGAACGUGAUGAGCAGGAAUCUAACCAGGAACAGCUUGAUCCGCAAGUUCAAGCGCGCUUCACUCGCGCCGUGGCCGAACUACAGUUCUUGGGCUACAUUAAGAUGUCCAAACGGAAGACGGAUCACGCCACACGCUUGACCUGGUAACCUGGUACUGAAAUAUAUCUAUAUCUUAAGAUCAUUAAAGAAUCCUGAUGUUAUUAUUCAAAGCAAAAUAAAAAAUGAAA